GAGACCUCCCCGCUGCCUGGUAUACCGAUGAGGGAUCCGAUGUCUUCGAUGUAUAAUUCGCUUCAUUCGACCAUGGCUACCAAUACGCCGACUUCCAUGCCUAUGACAGUCAUAAGCUCUCCCCUAGCAGGCGGAUCCAGCGAUUACGGUGGAUCGCCUCUUCGCAGGGAGACGGGCUCCACAGUCACUGCAGCGCAGUCAUCUAAGGUUGCUAGGGAGUUAUCGGGUGCUGCUGUCGUUCGUUCCGACGAUCAGUUAACGAUUAGCACGUCCGCUGGUGCAGAUCAUAGCGGGCAUACAGUCACCCGCACCGCCCAGCUCAGAGAGCAGGAUGCUGGGUUCCUACAGGGCGAUGAGCUGUCCGAAAUUUUACCCCCGGACUACCAUGUUGCAGUGGAGCAGAGAGCCAACAGGAACAGGGCGGUUCGGAAUCCAUAGGCCGAUUGGAAUCAAUUUUGCGGUUGUAUAUUCAUCGUAGCCAAAGCAC